ACACUGUAUUAUACAGGUACGCAAAUUUAAUGUUUGGAGUUGAGGGUUUCCCUUGCUCUCUUGUUUUCUCGUCUCAUCGUUUUCUUUCAUCUUUUUAGGACCUCUUUGGGGAGGGGUUGGUCAGGUUCUUUACCUAGACUAGAAAGGGAAAAGGAAAAGGCAAACACGAUAGCGUAAUGGGGAGAGGGAGAGUUGAGUUGAAGAGAAUUGAGAACAAAAUUAACAGGCAGGUUACUUUUGCCAAGAGGAGAAAUGGGUUGCUCAAGAAAGCUUAUGAACUCUCAGUUCUUUGCGAUGCUGAAGUUGCUCUCAUCAUCUUCUCUAAUCGUGGCAAGCUCUUUGAGUUUUCUGGUGGCUCUAGCAUGACUAAGACGCUCGAGAAGUAUCGAAGGUGUAGUUAUGACAUACGGGAUGGUGCCCGCCACCUAAAUAACAAUGGGCCACAGAGCUUUGAUGAUUACUUGAACCUAAAAGCCACAGUUGAAUUCAUGCAGCAAUCUCAGAGAAACCUUUUGGGGGAAGAUUUAGGACCGCUGAAUGCCAAGGAACUUGAGCAACUUGAGCAUCAAUUGGAGACAUCCUUGGAGCGCAUUAGAUCCACAAAGACACAAACCCUAAUGGACCAGCUUGCAGAACUUCAACGCAAGGAGCAUAUGCUUGUUGAAGACAACCGAAGUUUAAGAAAGAAGCUGGAAGAAAGCAGCGCGCAAGUAGCGGCAGCCUCCGCGGCGUGGGGCUGGGAAGGCGGCGCGGGAGGACACAGCAUGGACUAUUCCAGCCGCAUUGCUUCACAAUCAGACGCCUUUUUCUACCCCAUAACCCAACCCAUACCCACUUUACAAAUGGGGUACAAUUCUGUUGGCUCAGUUGGAUUGAGUAAUAAUAAUAAUAACAAUAAUAGGAACGUUGGAGCUCCACCCCAAAAUGGCAAUGGAUUUCAGGUUGGAUGGAUGCUUUAAGACUAAACUCAGAGGCUUAUUCCCAGUAAUGUAUAUGAAUUUGGGGCAUGCUUAGACUCUUCUCCUACCUGUGUCCAGUAUUGUAUUGAUCUAUGCAACUUGUAAUUACGACUCUCCAAUUCCAAACAUAUUCAACAAAACAAGCUUAUGACUUGUCAAAUCAUACAUAUGGUUAAUUAUAUUGUUACGUAUGCUUCAUUA